CAAAAGCGCAGUUCCGCGUUGGUAUUGGGGGAGUAUGCGCGCCGUGAACCACUCACUCAGUAACGGUCGCGAUAUAUCUGAGGUCACACGUUUCAAACUCCAGAUAUAGACCUCAAAUAAUAUUUGUGCCGAGAGUGUAUAAUCUAAGUUCUUUAUUAAUUUGGUCAACAUGCCAGAAUCAGAAGUUAUCUCGAAAGUUAUUCUGAAUGAAGUGACACCGGACACAUCACAGCACAUGCUAUCAGAUGUGUCCCACUUGCCGGGGGUUCAACUGGGAAACUUCUUACUCCAGUUCGAGUUGGAAGAACCCAAUGAAGCGGUCCGUGAGAUCGCGAGACGGGAACUACGAGAAACGCCAGAAAACGUCCAACCAGCUGUUGAUGAACUAAGGAGGCUUUUAGAAGCGGACAAGGAUCUGUAUGUCCCCUGUGAACGCGACGCGUGGCUCAUCAGAUUUCUCCGACCUUGCAAAUUCUACCCUGAAAGUGCCUACGCCUUGAUCAAACGCUAUUACGGAUUCAAAGUAAAGCAUCACAAACAUUAUGAAGGACUAACACCAAGCAAAGAACAGAAUGUUUUCAACCAGAAUGUCCUCAAAGUUCUUCCCACUAGAGAUCAGCUCGGGCGAAGGGUGCUGGUUCUGGAACUUGGCAAAAAUUGGAACCACAACAAAUGCACACUAGACGAGGUGUUCAAAGGCUGUGUUCUCUUCCUAGAGGGCGCGAUGUUGGAGCCAGAGACACAGAUAUGCGGCGCUGUCGUUAUAUUUGACAUGGACGGUCUGUCUUUGCAACAAGUUUGGCAAUUCACCCCACAAUUCGCAAAGAGAAUUGUCGAUUGGCUACAGGAAUGCAUCCCUCUCAGAAUAAAAGGUCUAUACAUCAUAAACCAGCCGUACAUCUUCAAUAUGGUGUUCCAGUUAUUCAAGCCCAUCUUGCAAGAGAAAUUGCGUUCUCGAAUAGUAUUUUUGGGCAAUGAUAGGGAGCUUCUUUACAAAUAUAUAAAUCCUAAAUGUCUUCCUGAAAAAUAUGGAGGGAGUUUAAACAUACCGGAUGUCACCGGGGCGCAGUGGUUGGAGCUUUUGAUGUAUUGCGAUAAGGAAUAUCUUGCGAUCAACUCUUAUGGAUACAAGAAAAACAAGUGAUAUUCUUCACAACUCGUCUAUAUUUUGUGAUAUUAUUUAUUAAUAAGAAAAAAACACUGUUACACCUAUAGAAAUAAGUAUAUGAAAGAACAUACAUACAACAACAUUAAUAUCAUUUUCAUUGAAUGAACUUAAACAAAAAUCCUCAAUGAAAUUUAGUUUUGACCUGUCAACUGUCAAAACUCGUACCACACGCACACAUAGAUAUAGAAUUAUAGACACAACAUUAUUUGAUAGAAGAUAGCUACAUAUUACUUCUUGAGGUCUCAUAUAAAGUCUUAGAAUUUAAAUGAGCAAUAAUUCUACUUCAUAUCAUAGCAAGAAUACAUAUAAAACAUACGGUGACAUACUAGUAAAAAUAUGUUUUAUAAUAAUUAAAAAAAUAUUUUUUUGUAAGUUUUGUGAUGGUAAUGGAGGAAGUAUAACAAUGUGCCUUAAAUUUUGACAUAAAUUUAAGCGCGAACUAUUAUUCUCAUCUGUCAAAUGUUCACAGCAUUUUGACAGAUCUUGUAUCUGAAUUUUAUACUAAAUAUGAAAAAGGAUAAAGGACUUCAUUAUAUAAAUGUAUAGCCCCCUGAUAAUAGUGAUGUCAUCUAAUAACGAAACUAAUAUCAGUAGACCUGAUUUAACAAACCAGGAAUUCUGCGGAACGAAAACUCUAUUGGAAUCGCUACGGUAUGCGACAUUUUAAUUCUUUAUUCCAUUUAAUUGUUAGUAGUUUAAUCAUAAGAACCAUAUCAUAAAUUAUGUAAUGUUUAUUUUAUAUCACAUUCCUAUUAUACGUUACUUUUAGACACUUUUAUUUUAUAUUAUUAAGAUUAUAUAAUAAUAUGACAUAGGCUGUGAAGGAAUAUCUAUGUUAAUAUAAAAUAUAGAAUUUAUUCUGCAUCUGUAAAUGUCAAAUUAUUAUAAGUGUAUAUGCCAUGCUUGCCUUAUACUAAUCAUUGGUAAGAACUUGUU